CUGCCUGCCUGCCUUCGCUUCACUUCUCUCUCUCUUCCCUAGAGUCCUCUACUCUCUCUCUCUCUCCCCUAGAGACUUCCGUUCCUCUCUAUCUUUUUUGUCAUUCUGUCUGUCCGUCAGGAUGGCAGCGCUGGAGGGCCUGGAGUUUGGGAAGUCUGAUUUUGUCCUUCUGGAUGAGGUGAACAUAGAGCAGUUUAUGGAGAACCUGAAGCUGAGGUUUGAGAAUGCCCAUAUCUACACCUUCAUAGGAGAAGGGGUAGUGUCAGUCAACCCUUACAAACAGAUGGACAUCUACGGGAAGGAGGUCAUCAAUGCUUACCGCGGCCGGGAGCUGUACGAGAACCCUCCCCACCUGUACGCUGUGGCCGACGCUGCGUACAAGGCCAUGAAGAGACGGGCCAAAGACACCUGCAUCGUCGUUUCAGGUGAGAGUGGCGCAGGAAAGACAGAGGCUAGCAAGUACAUCAUGCAGUACAUCGCAGCCAUCACCAACCCCAGCCAGAGAGCAGAGGUCGAGAGUGUGAAGAACGUUCUUCUGAAGUCUAACUGUGUGCUGGAGGCCUUCGGUAACGCCAAGACCAACCGCAACGACAACUCCAGCCGCUUCGGGAAGUACAUGGACAUCAACUUCAACUUCAACGGCAACCCCACCGGCGGACAUAUUAACAACUACCUACUGGAGAAGUCAAGGGUGGUGCAGCAGAAUGGGGGUGAGAGGAACUUCCACUCCUUCUAUCAGUUACUACGUGGAGGUUCAGAGGUUAUGUUGAAGUCCCUUCACCUGCACAAUGACCCUGCCAACUAUGUGUACACCAGAGGAGGAGCUGUCGCCACUACGUCCAACAACGACCGGUCCAGCCACAACGCAGUGCUGAGUGCCCUGAAUGUGAUUGGCUUUUCAGAGGAGGAGAUUCACUCCAUCUACAGAAUCCUGGGGACCAUCCUCAUCCUGGGUAACCUGCAGUUUGAGACAGACAGUGAGAGUGUCCGGGUGGUGGGGAUGGGGGACGUGAGUCACAUCGCUGAGCUGACCAGCACAGAGCCAGACAAUGUGACCAAGAGCCUGCUGUACCGGACUGUGGCCACCGGGGACGGAGAAGUCAUAGAGAAGGGACAUUCUGAGAAGGAGGCCUGCUUCGGCCGGGAUGCUUUCACCAAGGCUCUCUAUGAGAGACUGUUUGGUUGGAUUGUAGGCCGUAUCAACGCUGUUAUUGAGGUGAAAGACUACAACCCAAUGCUUCAUGGGAAAAACACAGUUAUUGGAGUGCUGGAUAUUUACGGCUUUGAGAUCUUCGACAACAACAGCUUUGAACAGUUCUGCAUCAACUACUGUAAUGAGAAGCUGCAGCAGCUCUUCAUCCAGCUGAUCCUUUGCCAGGAACAAGACGAGUACCAGAGAGAGGGUAUCAUCUGGCAGCAUAUUGACUAUUUUAACAACCAGAUCAUCGUGGACCUGGUGGAACAGCCCCAUAAAGGCAUCAUAUCUGUGCUGGACGAGGCCUGUCUCUCUGUGGGGAAGGUGACAGACACCGUUUGCCUGGAAAGUAUGGAUGCUAAGCUGGGACAACACCCCCACUACACCUCUCGCAAGCUCACGCCCUCAGACAAGACCAUGGAGUUCCACAGAGAUUUCCGUAUCCGCCACUACGCUGGAGACGUCACAUAUUCCAUCGAGGGCUUUUUGGACAAGAACAAGGACCCCCUCUACCAAGAUUUCAAGAGGCUCAUGUUUAACAGUUCCAACCCUGUGAUGAAGGAGAUGUGGCCUGAUGGUCAGCUGAGCAUCACAGAGGUCACCAAGCGACCCCUGACAGCAGCUACCCUCUUCAAGAACUCCAUUGUGGCCCUAGUGGAAAAACUGGGCUGCAAGGAGCCGUACUAUGUGCGCUGCAUUAAGCCAAAUGAUAUGAAGUCUCCCCUGCUGUUUGACGAUGCCCGCUGCCAACACCAGGUGGCGUACCUGGGCCUGCUGGAGAAUGUCAGAGUGCGAAGAGCAGGGUUCGCCUACCGCCAAGCCUACACACGCUUCCUACAGAGGUAUAAGAUGACCUGUGUGUACACCUGGCCCAACCACCUGAUGGGAACAGAUAGGGAGGCAGUGGAGGCUAUUGUCACGCAGCAUGGUUUCCAGGACGACGUCGCAUAUGGACACACCAAGCUGUUUGUGCGAACGCCAAAGUCUCUCUUCACCCUGGAGCAGGAGAGAGCUGUUCUCAUCCCCGUCCUGGUGCUGUUCCUACAGAAGGUGUGGCGCGGGGCGCUGGCGAGGAUGCGUUGCCAGCGGAUGCGUGCCAUCUUUGCCAUCAUGGGCUGCUACAAGCGUUACAAGGUCAAGGUCCACUUCUGGGAGGUGGAGCGGCGCUUCGCCAACGUAUGCAACAUGGCUGACUAUGGGAAAAGCGUGGAGUGGCCCACGCCACCGGCAGCACUCACACAAUUCCACAGCAUCACGCAGAAGCUGCACCGCAGGUGGCGUGCGUGGCAGAUGGUGAAGAACAUCCCACAGUCUGACAUGGGGGCGGUAAGGGCCAAGGUGGCUGCUCUGGGGGCCCUGAAUGGGGAGAGGAAGGACUGGGGCUGUGGUCGAUCCUGGGAGAGAGACUACCUGGCUAAUGUGAGGGACUGUCAUCGGAGCAGCUCCAACUUCAUAUUAUUCUCCCAAGAGCUCCGGAACAAAGACGAGUACAACCAGGUCAUAUUCUCUGGAUUCUGUAGGAAGAUGAACAGAUUCAAUAAAAGCACAGACCGAGCUUUGCUGAUCACAGACAAACAUAUCUACAAACUGGACCCCAAAAAACAGUUUAAAGUGUUGAAAAGACUGCCUCUAGAAGUGGUGACAGGCCUGAGCGUCACUGCAGGCGUUGACCAGAUGGUGGCGCUACACACUUCCUCCCAGGAUGAUGUUCUUCUCUACAUCCAGAGAGGGGAGCUGUGUCCUGACCAGGACCGCAUCGGGGAGCUGCUGGGAACGCUCAUCGACCACUUCACACGUGUGAGGAACACCCCUCUCCCAGUGAAGGUUUGCUGUUCGGCCGUCCAGCUGCACAUGCGGGGUAAGCCCAAGAGCGUAACCGUGGAGACCAAGGCCGGCCAGGCCAUUGCAGACUUCAGGAAGAGCCGCGACGGUUUCACCCUCCUGAUCCCAUCCAACUGAGACAGUCACCACUAGCUCCCCCAGCCAAUUACAAAUCUGGACCUGGAAGCCAGUUCCACCGCGUAUUUACAUUCUUCCUCUCUAAUAUAGGACUGAUUUAGACCUGGGACACCAGGUGGUGCAAUUCAUUAUCAGGUAGAACAGAAAAACCAGCAGUCCUCCAGACCUCCAGGCUCUGAUUUGAAUAGACCUGGUUUAUCCUCUGGACUGUAUCAAAGGGCUACAGUAGAGGGAGAGUGACUCCUCAACCCAUUUCGCCACCCAUGCAGUACACAUAUGUCCCGUCCUGACCAGCAGAGGGCGUAAUUGUGUUAGUCUUGGUCAGGAUGUGGCAGGGGGUUUGUGUUUGUUAAAUGUUGUGUGGGUGAUUGGACUCCCAAUUGAAGGCAGGUGUGUUGAGUUGCCUUUGAUUGGGAGUCCUAUAUAGGAGUGUGUGUUUUUCUUUGGGGUUGUGGGUAGUUGUUUGUGAGCACUGCGUUUGUGAGCCUGCUACACUGUUGCCGUCGUGAGUAUUUGUUUAUUGUUUUGCCUGUGGAUGCUUUACUUAAGUUUAUUUAAAGAAACUAUGAGUAUCUCCAUUCCCGCUGCGCCUUGGUCCAUUCUUGAAGACAACUGUGACAGAACUAUCCACCACCAAGGGACCAAGCAGCGGACGAACGAGGAGGAAGGAUGGACAUGGGCAGAGUUAAGGAUGAGCGUUUCCAGGGCUAUGGAAGAGUUAAGUAAACUCGAGAGGCAGCCCCAAUAAUUUUUUUGGGGGGCGGGCACAAGGGCAGUUUUGCGGCGCAGGAAUGGAGCC